CCCUUACUUUAUAAAAUCUCUCCUUUUUGACUUUCCCAUAUCCAUCUGUCAAUCUUCGAGGAGUCAAAUUCAGUCAUCUCUCAUCAUCACUUCUUGAUCUCUCUGUCUCUCUCUCUCACACACACAGGCAGAAAACAAGGAGAACAAAGAGAAAAGAGGAAAACUUUCCGAGGAUUGGGACUGCCAAAAUACUGAAUAUGAGUUUGGCAUGUCUAGUAUGCCAUAGUGUAGAAAGCCCUUCGCACUCUUUUAGGAGUUACUCUGUUUCAAGUUCAGACAACGAGGGAAGAUGUUCUGCAAUUGCAAACUGCUUGACCAGGAGGGUAUCUCUUCCAUACCCAACGAGGAACACCUCUAUUGCAUCAUCGUCUAAGGUAACCCCACAGCCAAGUAUUCCAAAUAAUGGAGUUGCUGGCACUCCACGGCUAGUCAGGAGUUGUGCAGUUCGAAGAGACAUUGUGAGAGACUGGAAUUUCAAUGAAGUUGCGAUGGAGCGGUAGUCUUUGAACUUGCUUUUGUUAUAGUUGAGUCUUUCCCUGUAAUGGUAGUUUGAACAUCCAUGAAACUUGGUAGAGAGGUUGAAUUUGAAGCAGUUGUCUAUAUUCUCCUCUGGUUGUGUACUUUUUUCUGAGACAAUUUGCAUUAUUUGUAAUCCAUUUAAUUGGCAUUGCAUAAUGCAAAAUACAUUUUAAAAGAUGGUUUGCAUGUUC